CCCUAAUUCGCUGCGCACCCUUCUUGAGCAUUUUGAAUGAGGCUUCUUCAGACUACAGGCUACAGCUCUAGCACAAUGCACAUGACUCGAGAGAGGGAGGCAAGGGUGACAAGACAAAGGCGGCCAGUCUGAGAGGCGAAGAAAGUUUGCCGAUCCUGAAUGUUGAAACGCAUUAGAGCCUCCUUUUGGGAAGCCCUGAGUGCUUGAACGUUUGAACGAAGAGGCAAUAUCACAAAUCUGAUUAAGUGCGGCGUAGGUGCUUUUCGCAAUCAGAAAAGACGAGGAGACGUCGUUAUUAAGGAAAAGGAGUACGUCCAGGGCGUAGUCUGUCACGAUGGGGGCUGAUUAUUAUAGUCUGCUGAAAGUUCCAAAGACCGCCUCGGAAGAUGAGCUUAAGAAGGCCUAUCGGAAGAUGGCCAUGAAAUGGCACCCAGAUAAGAAUCCGGAUAACAAGGCAGCUGCAGAGGCAAAGUUUAAGCAGAUCUCGGAGGCAUACGAUGUGCUGAGUGACCCCCAAAAGCGAGCUGUCUAUGACCAGUAUGGCGAGGAAGGCCUAAAGGGGGUUCCCCCUCCAGGGGCGGGGCCGAGCCCUUUUGGGGGCCACGGGAUGGGAGCGAUGGGGGGUGACCGGCGAGGGCCCCAAAGGGGGGGCAGCAUGGGGGGAAUGGAUUUCGGCGGGUUUGGGGGGAUGGGUCCGGAGAGCAUGUUUGGGGGGAUGGGGGGCAGUGGGGGGGGGCCGGCGCCGGGCCCAAAGAAGGCGCAGGCGCUGGAGAACAAGCUGCAGUGCUCGCUGGAGGAGCUGUACACGGGCUCCACGCGGAAAAUGAAGAUCUCUCGCCAAAUCGCAGACCCCUCUGGAAAGACGAUGACAGUGGACGAGAUCCUGACGAUCGAGGUGAAGCCCGGGUGGAAGAAGGGCACCAAGAUCACCUUCCCCGAGAAGGGCAACGAGCAGCCGGGCGUCGUCCCCGCCGACCUCGUCUUCAUCAUCGACGAGAAGCCGCACCCGACGUUCAAGCGCGACGGCAACGACCUCGUCACCACGCUUCGGAUCUCGCUCGCGCAGGCGCUUGGCGACUACACGAUCUCGGUGAAGACGCUCGACGGGCGGACGCUCACAAUCCCCGCGAAUGAGGUGAUUACGCCAACGACAGAGAAGGUGGUGCCGCGGGAGGGGAUGCCGAUCGCCAAGGAGCCCGGGAAGAAGGGCAACCUGCGGGUCAAGUUUGACAUAAAGUUCCCGGCGCGGCUCAGCGCGGAGCAGAAAACGGCGAUCGGGCGCGCUCUCGGCGCGCCGACGUAGUGCCGCGGUCGAGUGUGUAGUGGUUCUAUUUAGGAAUAGGCUCGUGUACCAGUAAGAAUCCAGCGGGCCGGCUAGAUUUAGAACAUCUGGGCGGUGCGCCUGCAAAGAUGCUGUAUAGAUAGGCCCUGAGAGUCAAUGGACAUCUCGCCCAUGGUUACAUUUUACUGCACGGAGAGCGGGGCCUGGACUUGGCGUGGAUUUGCGCUGUCAGGUAGGGAAUGCAACUAGGACAACGAGUAUCUGUGCAGCAGACUUGGGAUUAUAUAUCCCGUACAUUUAGCUGACUUCUUAAGAGUCCAGCUUCUGCAGUCAAUAAUCUUGUCAUUCCCACUGAAGAAGGCGCUUGGUCUUGUCCGACA